AGUGAAUGUGAUUUGGGUUUCUAUUGUGGAUCUGAAUUCCUUUACCUCACAUCAACUUCACAAAGAGUUUCAGAAAGUGUACCCUCUCGCAGCAGGAUUGGUGAUCUUUGCUUGAUCACUUAGUUAGACUUGAGCCGUUUUCUUUAAGGGGAUCGGGAACGUCAUCCUCGGUUCAGCGCCACUCCCAAAGGAUUAAAUUGUUGGAAUAUGGAGCAAAGCCACUAAACACAGGAGCAGGAGUCCGAGUGUGCUGGGGAUCCCGCUAUAAUGGGAUGUGGACUACGGAAACUGGAGGACCCGGAGGACAGCAGCCCGGGGAAAAUCUACUCCACGUUGAAGAGACCACAAGUUGAGACCAAAACAGACUCCGCGUACGAGUAUGUGCUGCUAGACUUCAGUCUGGAAGGCAGUCGACCUACUGUGCAGUAUCUGUCCUCUCUAUGUGAGCUGCCUCAUGCCCUCCAGUCCUACUACACCCAGGGCUACGUACUGGCCGCCUUGCAUCCCAUCAUCCUAUCUGUGGGACGGACACGCUUUCUGCCCUGCAGCCUGCUGUACCGGGCCAUACUGGUUCGGCCACGAUCCAGUAGUCACACAGUGCCGAUGAUUGACAGUUUGCCAGUGUUGCGAGUGGAAGAGUGGCCCCUGCCAGGAGAAUCUCUGACCAGCGAUACAGUGAGACUCCUCAUUGACCGGGUGAACAGUUAUGCCAGGGGUGGCGUGAGGUUUGUGGGUUCAGUGCUCCAGCAGGCUGGAGGAGGGGGAUGUAAUGGUAGAGUGCCCAGUCCCAGAAGGGACUGCCGCUCCCUGCCCCGCACCCCUCCUCGCACACCACCCGGAGACACAGAUCUGGAGGGCCGCAGUUACAGCCCAGAUCUGAGAUUGUUGGUGCUGUUCCACUCUUGGGCUCCGGGUUGUGCCCCGCUGGACUCGUUGGCCUGCUGUUACCACCAGGGUGCCCUGUCCAUGCGCGUUUCCAGGAAAGGUCAAGUUGUAAGUGCUCUGGAAGCAGAUUGGCUGGAACUGACCGCAGCUUAUUACCGCAAGGGCUGGUCAUUGGUUGAUUCCUUUGUAUACUGGGAUACCCCUAAAGGAGAGCCAGUGCCCAGGUCUCUAGAGGGUCUGUUUGUCUAUGAAGAGAAAAGCACAGCGCCACCUGCCAAUGACACUAUUGUAGUGGAACAGUGGACUGUUAUUGAGGAUUCAAAUGUGAAGACAGACUAUGGGCCUCUGCUGCACACGUUAGCAGAGUUUGGCUGGCUGCUCACCUGUGUUUUGCCCACCCCGAUUAUUCGCCAUGACAGUGAAGGGAAUUUGGCCACUAAGCAAGUGGUUUUCCUGCAAAGACCAGUCAAGGGUCAUCCGGUACCACAGCACAGCCAGGGUUCGACACGGAGAGAGGUGUCCAGUCGCUCUGUGAGCGGAGGAGUGGACGAGGGGCACGCUGAGCUCUCAUCUCCAUGCUCAGGCGGGAUCGGUGGCUUCCCUGUGUUUGGAGGAGGCUUUCCCAGCUCUCUCUCCCAUCUGGAUGAGGGAGGAUAUGAGCCGGACGAUGGGGCAGCAGAGGUCACCUGUAUGUGAACUCAAAAACUUGCCGUUUAAAGUUCUGAAGCAAUGAGCAUUGCCCUCCGAUUUUCACCAGAACAGAGAUUUUGCGUUCUUAUAUUACAGACAGACUUAGCACUUUUAACUUUUUGUAAAUUAUUUUUUAACAAGCCAUAAUGUAUCCUAGAGAACCCCUAUUUUUACCGAAAAGCACAAUGCGUGUGCAAUCGUUCCUGUUUUCAAUCAAAAUUAUCACUGAAAGUCACUGUUAUGAGCAAAUCCUUUACCCCCCUCCUUAUCACGGCGAGUAUCCUUCCUCACAGUUUUUGCUGUUCUUUUUCCUGUUCCUUUUUUUUACUUCAAACCAGCUGACAAAUCAGUUGUUUGUUUAAACACCUGCGAUGGUUCAGCGUGACCAACUCAGGAACUGAGUGUCCAAACAGACUCCUUGUGGGACGCACAUUUGUUUGGUGCGCAGUUUUGGAAAAUAUUUACCUUUUAUGCAGAACUUUCCAAGCCUUGGGUGCCAAAACGUCAUCUUGGGAAGCGAAGGGGAAUUCUUUCUGCUUUGUAUGUGUUUGAGGGAAAUGCAUGUACUGUAAACCUACAAGCUGGACCUCAUCAACUAGCCUGCAAACACUGAAUUUGACAGUAGUUUGGUUUAUCUGAUCUGUGCCGUUGGCUCAGUUGGUGCUAAAUUUGUUUGUUAACCUCCUGGGAAUUUCUUCACACACACUAUCUUAAAGGGAAAGGUUUGCAUAUUGAGAGACACUUCACAAGGGGACAAUGAGCAGGGUACUUUCUUUCUUUAAAUGACUAUAGUUCUCCCCAAAUUAAGUGGUAAGGUUGAAUAAUGCGGUUGGAUUUUUACAAUUUAUUUGUUUGUAAGCUGUAGAAUUUUAACCUGAGGUAAGUGUUAUACGGCUGAUGUUGCCUUGACAAUGUUUAUCCCUCCUUGAGGAAUGGCAGAUUAGCAUAAGCACAUUUUUAGCUUACGAAGCUGCUGUAAAUGUUUAAAGUCAUUAAGCGAUAAAGUUCUUCACAUUUAUCAUUAUAUUCUAAUUUGCCAGAUCUGAUCAGUGUUAUUUACCAGCUUUAGUAUUCGUACAUGUUCAGACAGUGUUUUGUACUAUUUUAUUAAACGGGUAUUGACCUCAUA